CGUCUUUAAUUUUUGAGUUCGCACUUCAUUUUAUAUUUUACUCGUCUCUUAAAUUAUAUUUUAUUAAUAUUUUUAAUUCAAUACAAAUUUUAUUUGAAAUUUUGCGAAUAAUGGCCAGUAAUUCAAGUGUGCUUAAGAUGGAAGCCUUAAAUAAGUUGUCAUCUCUUCCUCUCAUCAAAUCGGCUAUUGGUAUAGCAAGUGAUGGAUAUUCACGUUUUAAGGCAUAUAAUGGUCUGAUUUCUGCCACACUUUCCAAAGCGGAACAAUCAUUGCUUUUCGUGGCCACGACUGCUAAACCAAUGAUCGACAAGUUUGAAAAACCGAUUACAUUUGCCGAUAACAUUGCCUGUCAAGGAAUCGAUAAGUUAGAAGAGAAAUUGCCGGCAAUUAAGAAAUCGCCCGAAGAGAUUAAAGACGACACCAAACGUAUAUUCUCGGGCAUUGAGAGUCCAAUUGUGAACCGCAUUGAAGGGAUGAGAAAGUAUAGCACCGAUACGUUCAAUGAAAUGAAAGAUUACAGUUAUAACAAAGUUAAUGGUGUUCUCCACUCGUCUUACAUCCAAGUCUUCCGCAAUUCUAUCGAUACGGCUAUUGAAUUGACACACAAUGCAGUUGACCACUACUUUCCUCCCGCCGAUAACGAACCAAAAGUUGAAACAAUUGAAGAUCAGACACUUGGAGUCCGAAUGUCAAACUUAUCCGAAAAAAUCCGUCGCCGAGUCUAUAACCAGUUAACUAACAAAUGGGUCCCAACUGUUUCCAAUACAGUCAAUACAUUGAGAAGCAAUUGGUCCAAUUGGACUCAUCAUAAUAAUGAUAAAAUACAAUAGUUUAAAAAAGUUCAUGUAUUUUCAUUCAAAUCUUAUUUAAACAUUAUUUUUUAUUAUUGCCAAUUGAUUUUAGGUUUUUUAAAUUUCUAAUCUGUAAUACUUCUCUAAUCUUUAUAAAUGAAUAAAGUUUUACUAAAUUUU